AUGGAGCUGGCACCUAAGCAGCAUCUGUGGAUCGAGACAGACCUAUGGGACAUGCAAGACGGCCUAGAGCUUUCGCCGGGAGAUGGCAUACUCUGGCUGGUGGCGGCUUUGGCGCAAGUCUGCCAGGAGUACGCUGCCGACUGCUCCGCGAAGGUUGAGACUGAGGUGCCCCGACCCGCCCCACCGGUUCGAUCACACCGUCGGCAAGAGGUCCGUUUACAGGCCGACGCGAGAAAGGCAGACCGGAUCGCAAGCAAGCUCGUCCAGCAACCGCAGCCUAUGCCACUGAACGUCCUCAAGAUUCGUUGA